AUGAACACAGGUAAAAUCGACUUCCUUUUGCCACAGCUAAGUCUCCCAGAUAUUUUCCUGUGGCUGGUCAUCAAUGAUAAGAGAGUAGCGUACCGCCGCAUCAAACCCGCCCAGGUCUUCUACUGCUCGGAGGAGAGAUCCUGUGGUGAUCUGUGUGGGGCUGUGCAUUAUGUCAACCUGAAGGAGCCCGAGUCUAAGAAGACCAGGGAUGGAAGGUCUCCCUGUCUUCUGAGAAUGAAAGCAUGGUUUAGCGAGGACAGUGACGACACAGAGUUCCUUCAUCAACUCAACGGACAAAAGCUUUCAAUGUUGAUGAAAUAUGACAAUGAUGCCCAGCGCAUAUUCAGCAACACACUGCCUCGCGGUUUGACUGUUGAAGAACACGAGAUUGAAGAUGAAGCCACAUCCGCAGGGCCAAUGUACCGGGUUGUUACAGAACAAGGAGACACGUCUGGCCUCUCAGUGCUGCAUGUCCUGGAAAACACAGGAGAUGUUGACAUGAAUCCUUUGCCUUCUCUUUACCUGCUGACAGAAGGUCAUGAGUACGAGUUACACUGUUAUAUCUACCAAGCCAGAGAUCUCCAGUCUGCUGACAGAGAUGGCAUGGACGGUAAGAGCAAGAAAAUUUCCACUAGGUGUUUGCACUCAUGUGACCAUGAUGUAAAGACGUCCCCCAUGGUGGAUGAUCCCUUCCUUUCCGUGUUCUUCUCUUGCCGCAAUCAGAGGACCAAGGUUGUCAAGAAGACGCUGAAUCCCGUCUGGGACCAGACCCUGGUGUUUAAGGACUUGAGGAUCUAUGGGACACCUGAGACAGUAGCUGCUAACCCCCCUCCUGUAGUGGUACAGGUGUACGACCAUGACUUGUGGCGCAAUGAACACCUUGGAUCUGUAGAGAUGACACCGUUGGUGGCUAAAGACGGUGAACAGCAAGGAGAUACAAAACUGCGUUGGCAUCCAAUCUCUGUAGGAGGUUGGACAAGUGGAAACGCCACCCGAGCCUCCGCCAGUGAAGGCAGGCAAAGACCUUGAGCCCGUGUACAACAUACCAGAAAGUAUCCGCCCUAAACUGAGGAGGAUGGCUAUU